ACAAUAGACAAAUUUAUGACAUAUGCGGCUUUUAAAGGGAUUCCAUAUGCGAAACCUCCUGUCAAUCAUUUAAGAUUCCAGCCUCCUGAGGAAACAGAGUCAUGGGAAGAUGUUUUAAAUGCUACCACAGAAGGAAGUAUGUGUAUUCAAUACAAUAGCACAAGUUCGACGGUUGUUGGUUCGGAAGAUUGCUUGUAUCUUAAUGUUUUCACCCCUCAUAUCCAAUUCCACCAUCAACAAGCAAAGCCAGUGAUGGUUUGGAUUCACGGAGGUGCAUACAGAACUGGUAAUUCUAACGCUUCCUACUAUGGACCAGAUUUUCUUCUUGAAGAAGACGUUAUUGUCGUGUCCAUGAAUUAUCGUCUAGAUGCCUUAGGAUUCUUAAGUUUGAAUCAUGAAAAUGCUACUGGGAACUGUGGACUCAAAGAUCAAAAUUUAGCUCUCAAAUGGGUCCAGAAAAAUAUCGCUAAUUUUGGAGGAGAUCCAAAACAAGUAACGAUUUUCGGUCAAAAUGCCGGAUCAGUUGCCGUAGAUCUCCAUAUACUUUCAAAUAUGUCUUCUGGUUUGUUCAAACAAUCGAUUGGCAUGAGUGGUUCAACACUGUGCCUUUACUGGGGUAUUGAAAGUGCAUCAGAAGCUGAGAAAAAUGCUUUCAUUCUUGGAUCCAAACUUGGCAAAGUUACAAGCAACAAAAACGAACUGCUUCAAGUUCUUUACAAAGCAUCGGCUCACGAUAUCGUUAGAGCAUCAAAUGUAAUCCCAAUGAUGCCUUUUAGACCGAUAGUUGAAGACAAUUCGGUCGCCAAACACCAAGAAAAAUUCUUGACACAGUGUUCUAUGAUUAAAUAUACGCUAGGCAACUAUAAUAAAGGACCUCAUUUGAUGGGCUUUACUGCAGUUGAAACUUCAACUUUUGGUGAAGUUAGAACACUAUUAGAUAUGGUCAAUACUGCUUUGAAAAUGGUGAAGAUUGGUAAACUAGAUAUUUAUUUGCCACUUUUAACCCAGAUUGCGAAAUUGAAAUUUUCUGAAAUUUCAAAUUUGUCGGAAACCGUAAUAAAUCAGCUGCUUAAGGACACUUCAGACAUAUUUUUUACUACUGGUAUAGAUAUGAAGCAACGGAUAAUGCUAGAUCAUAAUAAUUACCCUAUUUAUUAUUACCGCUAUACUUUUGAUCCUCAAUUUUCAGCUCAUAAAACCGAAGGUGUACGUAUGAAAGGAGCUGGACACGGAGACGAAUUGUCUUACAUAUUUUAUAGACCUCACAUACAACUUCCUCUUGAAGAACCUACCAUAAAAAUAACAAGACAAAGAAUGACUCGUAUGUGGACAAACUUUGCUAAAUACAGUAAUCCGACUCCAAAUAGUACGUCUGAUUUGUUAGGUAUAGUAUGGCCAGACUCGAAGGUUUGGGGAAAGCAUUUGGAAAUUAGUGAAGGUCUUUACGUAAGGUUGAAACGCCCUACAGAUACAUUUUUUGAAACUUACCAAUAUGCUGGACUUGGAAACUCUCAUAUUUUAAAUUACUGUACGGCACAGACAAAACCUGUUUCUAGCCAUGUAGUGAAGAGUACAGAUAGAAUACCCGACGAAAUAAACGAGAAACUAAUUAGGAAAGCAAGGGAGAAAUUAUUCUUUCGUCAUAGGAUGAGAAUGCAGUUUGAAAUGCUGCAACAACAUCAAGCCACAAUGGAGUCUGACAAAGACGUCCACAAAGAUAAUCACAGCAACACCCCUUCCACAGCACCAAAAUCUAACAGCUACGCCUCAAUUACAGCUCAAGCUCUUCUCCCAAAAAAGGAACAUGCCAUUGUUUUAGACUCAAUCGUAGGAGCGGCAAUAGACGACUACAUAGACGGCCUUGAAAUUCUUACGGAUCCCAACAACAUAAAGUUUAUAUCCAAGAUCUCAGGCAACAGAGUAUGUGUCUACCUCAGCGACACAAGCUUAGUAUCGAAUCUCUCUAGCAGAGAAGUCAUAGUUAAAGACGCCAAACUCAAAAUCAGACCUCUCAUUGGAAAAAACAAAAGGGUCGUCAUCUCCAACGUGUGUCCAGUCAUACCGCACGACACUCUACUCGAAUGCCUAAAACAUAAAGGAAUCAACCCAGUCUCCAGCAUCACUCACAUAAGAGCAGGUUUGAAUAAACCGGGUCGGUCUCACAUACUGUCAUUCAGAAGACAAAUCUACAUAAAAGAAGAGGACGAAAAAUUACUCCCGGAAUCAACUCAACUUAACUACGAAAACACUGCCUACUGGAUCUACUUCAGUACAGACUCUAUGAAUUGCUUUAAAUUCAAGGAUGAUGAUUCGGACGCAUCCAACAACACCUUAAAUCUCCAUGAGCUACUACGUCCAGCUCAUGAGGCACUGAAGCUUCAUCAAGCCGCUACUCCAAUCAAUCUCAAUACUCUCGAAACAAUACUAGCAAAAACACACGCGCAACGAGACGCUCAAGGUAUUGUUCUAACCAUCACGGACAGCUCACACGGUGUAAUUUCUACUAUCGACCAGAUAUAUCAAUUCAUUGAAAACAAAACACUCAAAGGGCGCUUAACGCGAUUGAAAAAGAAACUCUCCAAAAUGCCCUACAGCGUUAUCGACACCGAACAUGAAAGCGACUCGUCACAAACCUAA